AUGACGGAUGUAGCUCUCGAGGCCAACGUAGGCCCAGAUGACCCUGCUUCUUCUCUCCGUGCGGCAGCCCUCUUGACCUUGAAGCGUCGCAAGCCAACCGACGGCCCUCUCCAACGACCUACUAUCGACGACUCGUCUGUUCAGCUUGACUACGGGCAAGACGACAUCAAGCCAAACCCCUCCAACGACCUCGAAAUGCCUUCAGAAGGUCCGCGCGAGGAAGGCGAAAUAAGCGACUCAGAAGACCCAAGCCUCAAAGUAUCCAAGGCAAUGCUUGUCGCCAUUAAAUCCGAGACCCCAUUGCCAGACAGAGAAAUACCUUCUCUCCCUCCCGGCGAGAUUUUCCUCGACCCAGAUCAUGUUCGACCUGGUCUUUCUAUGAACCAGGAACAAUACGAUACGGCUAAAGACAUCGUCCUUGACCUUCUCGGCUGGGGUGUGCCUCCCGACUAUCUUGUUGACUGCAAUCUCAGUCGGGAAAUCAUCUACUACGUGUUCAGCGAAUUGAACCUCCGCCUUCCCCAAAAUCUUGAUGUCACCGGUCUUGUCCAAUACACUCCUGCCGUCGUGGCGAAAUAUUCUCGUCCGCUAUCAUCAACACAAGACAAAGCUUCUCCACUCCAUCCAAGCCUACCAGCGAAACCUCUUGGAGGUCCAACCGGCUCGCCUCCCUCGACCCUGCACGAUAUAGAGCGACAGAGACGUCAGGAACUACUCGCUCGUAAAGCCGUUCAGGCUUCCCGCAAGAUCAAGUCUUUGUCCGAUUCGUCAUCAACCGAAUCAUCCCAUGUUCUAGUUGACCCGCUGGAGCAGGAUGUUGAAAUGUCACCUGCCGUUGCAACAGAAGCGGUCGACGAUUUUCUUAAGACAAUUGGAGAGAAAAACCCCGAGGUCGACAUUAAUGCACAACCAGUCGAGACCAUGGAUGUUGACGAAAUUACUGUGACGACUGGUGCAAGCAGCCUUGCCGACGCAACGACUCCAAGUUUUCCACUGGCUGCUGAACAAAUCGAGUCACCUCAGUCUACUUCUCAACUUGACCCGAUUCAGUCCCCCGCCGAGCUUGACCAGACAUUAGACGAACCCGUCCCGCAACAGCGUUCCUCACAACGUCGAGUUGGAAAACGACCAACUGCAGCCGAUUUCGUCGACUUCGAAUCAGGAUCCCGGAAUGGCACCAUUCCAGCUUUGAAACGCAAGACGGCAAGUUUUGCGAGUGUGAGCAGCCACAGGAAGCUUGUCAUCGAUUUGAGCGACAGUGAGGGCGGAGACGAUUCAAUUCAAGACGUAUUUGACGGAGAGGCUUCCGCUGGGUAUAUUUCACCCGCUCCAGCCCGAAUGGGCGGCGCUACUCCGCCGGUUGUGCCAACGAGCUUGGUGGAAAAGGAGGAAGAAAUAAGACGAAUGAGGGAGCUUAUUGCACAAAGGGAGCGAAGCCGUUUACAAAGAGCAAUGUCGCGGCCAAUACCGGUAGACCCGGGCCGAGAGGUUGGCUUCAUCAAUACCUCCGACGCAAAGGGUAUCCCCGCUCUCGAUCUCAUCAGCUUGAGCAUGAAUCAUGAAUUAGACUCCGAGACUCGAUCUGCGACUGCAACACCCCCCCAUAUCGGUUCCGUUCAAAUCUGCUUUGUCAGCGGACUAUCUAACUGA